GGUUCUUUAAUUCUGUUUGACAUAUUGUCUAACCAGAAGGACUUGGCUUCAUCAGUAAAUACUGGACCAUUCUCUGGUGUUAAUGGGACUGUAAAGGACAUGGCUGUUCAUGACAAACAGAUGACUGAAGAUACCAGUUCCUUGGGCUCCUCGAUUACUACUUCUGGUGAUGACCUUUGUGAGCCUGACGUAGAUGAUGAUGUUCCUACUUUGCAGAAGACUCUGGAAAUGCUUAGUUUGUCGGAGUAUGCAAGCACAUUUGAAAAAGAGCGAAUUGACAUGGAGUCUCUGCUCAUGUGUACAGUUGAUGACCUGAAGGAAAUGGGGAUACCUCUUGGACCAAGAAAGAAAAUAGCUAAUUUUGUAAAAGACAGAGCAGCCAAACAGGAUCAAAAGAAAACAGUAGCAGAAAAGAAAACAGUGCUGGCUGCCACGCUCCAAACUCAAGAAGAUGCCCAGAAAGCAAAAGAGGCAGUUAAUUCUGUCUCCCCUUCAGAGCCUGGUCAGCUGCAUUCAAAGAGGAAGCUUCCAGUUGGUGCAUCUGUUUCUUCUGUGAAUGUUGACUAUGAGUAUUUCGAAGUUGGAACUGGCCAGGUUUCUGUGGUUUAUAGUGCGUUGGACUUUGAACCAGAUAUUUUCUUUGCUCUCGGUUCUCCUAUUGGUGUGUUCCUUACUAUGAGAGGUGUGGAGAAGAUUGAUGAAAACUACAGACUUCCUACCUGCAAGGGAUUCUUCAAUAUCUAUCAUCCACUUGAUCCAGUAGCUUACAGGUUAGAACCAAUGAUCAUUGAAGACAUGGAUUUAAAACCAGUUCUCAUUCCACAUCAUAAAGGCAGAAAAAGACUUCAUCUGGAGUUGAAAGACUCUCUAUCUCGUAUGGGAUCUGAUCUGAAACAGGGUUUUAUUAGCUCUUUGAAGAGUGCAUGGCAGACCCUUAAUGAAUUUGCACGUGCUCAUACAUCUUCAACUCAGCUACAAGCAGAACUGGAGAAAGUAGCUAACCAAAUUAAAGAGGAAGAAGAAAAGCAAGUGGUAGAAG